AUGGGUUCCCGGUGUGCCAAGCUCAGCACAGGCCACGGCACAGGCCACGGCCGGGGCCAUGAAUCCUCCAUGAAGAAGCUCGUGGCCUGCGUGAGUCAAGAUAACUUCUCCCUGUCCUCAGAGGGUGAAGAGGAGGAGGAGGAGGAAGAAGGGGAGGAGGAGGAAGGGGAAGAGGAGGAAGAGGCACUGCCGGUGCAGGGCAAGCUGUUACUGAGGAAGCCGGAGCAGCAUGAGCAGGGCGCUGAAGACAGCUCUGUGGCCCAGCAGAGCCCCAAGACCAAGCAGACGCACUCCUGA